AUGUUAAAACAGAAAAAAAAGAAAGCUAAUUUAAAUGGCCAUGAGAAUUGGGUAAUGUAGAGAAAUAUAUAAGUUUUUAAUAGUUGGGAUCACUCUAUCUGUCUAUUAGGAUGCAAAUAAGGUUUUUAGAAGCCAAGUAAAAUGGUCACGAGUAUUUGGUAAAUUCAAUUUGUUUCUCAUCUGAUAGAUCUAAUAUAUCAUGGUAAGAGAAAGCCAAAUGAGAUGGUCAAUAAAAUUUGGUAAUGUGAGUCGGUUUCUCUAUUGGCAGCAGGAUGUUAGCAUCUAGUAGUAGUAACAAGGCAAUCCAUCUGUAUGAAUGGCAAAUAAUCAGAGGCAGUCAUAAUUAAAAAGCUAACUCAGUUUAUUUCUCCUUAUAUAAAUAUAUUGUCAUAUUGUGGUGCUGAUUUCUCUAAAAAUUGUACGAAAAAAGCCAAUUUGGAUGGUCAUAUAAUUAUGUUAGAUCGAUGUGUUUUUCUAAUCAUCGAAAUAUCUCAUUAUGAUUAUUCCUUCCGAUUAUGGAAUGUUAGAGUCAAAAUAGAUUUUCAGAGUUCUUAUAUAGAUCUUUCUGUUUAUCUCGAAAUAUAAAUAUAAUAACUUUUUGCAGUGCUAAUAUAUCUAUCAGUUAAUGAGAGAUGCAAUCAGAAUAAUAAAAAGCUUAAAUUGAUUGUGGUACCCAUUGUUUCCUUCCUUAUUUAUCAUUAAAGUAGCUUCUGGUAGUGUAUAGUGAUUUUGUGA